AUGAGAUUGCACAGACCGGAGCGGCGGCAGCAAAGCUUAGCGAAGAUUAGGGCUGGACUGAGUCUUCCCUUUCUGUCUGGACGGACAAGAUUGUCUUGGAUCUUGUUGUUUCUGUUAUUUGCUGGCAAGUGUGGCCUGAGCCACGCAUCGAGCUCCCACAAUGUCUGGGCUGAGCUGCCGAACUCUUGGAGCCCAGGAGAUCCCGAAUUCAACGGUGGUGCAAUCUCCCAGAAUAGCUCUGGCAGGAAGGGGCUGUUGCAUGCCCCGAGUCGGCGCAUUUCACAGGAGCUGGUCUUCGUCACUGCUGAGGAGGACGCCACGGUGUCCGAAGAGGAAGUUCUCUUCUGCAGCAUAUACAUUACAGCUUCACUCCCCUUGGGCUUGAUAGGGGAAAGUGGCUUGCUACUGCACCGGGCAAUUUCACUGACACUGGAGAUUCCUCAGACGUUCGUCAGAAGUCUCACCAUGAUCAGCGCCCCGGUGGAAGCACCAAAGGAAGACACCACUGGUCAGGCAUGGCAGAACUAUCAAUUUGACUUCGCGAUCCUUCCCCCCAAAAAUGGGGCCGCAGGGGUGACGUACCUCCUACAGGUGGCUUCUGAGGGUUCACUUCUGCAGACAUUCAAGGCGUUAAUUCGCGAAAGUCAGGCGAUGACCAACGUGCUCAUCAGCCCGUUUUGGUUGCUUCUCAUGCCUGUUCCGCAAGUAGAGACGAAGUCGGUCACUCGUCCCACGAUUUUUGCCACAUGGUCAUCCACAGAGAAGCCACCUAUUUACAUCCCAUCCUUCACUACAACACCCAAGCCCGUAACACCGCAGAUGUGCUCCAGCACGACUGCUCCGUGCACCUGCGCGGGGAUCAAUGGUUGCGAAUGGGUAACUUCGGUGGGUGGCGGAUCUUACUGUACGGAGGGCAGGGGUCGGGUGCCAUGCUCUGCUUGCAGCGCGCAGGAGCAUUGUGCAGCUACCUCAUGCGAGGGCUUGACAGCCCCUUGUCCCUGUGCUUACUCACCUCUUGGCUGCCAUUGGGAUGAGCAGGGUACACGAUGCAUGACGGGCCAAGCUCCUGGAACAUCUUGCAGCGCAUGUGCUACUCAGGGCCACUGUAACCCUCCGCAGAUCGUCUCAAUCGUUCCAGCUUCAGGCACUCAGCUGAGAGUUCCGGCCCACAACAACAUUGAGAUCAGCUUCAACCGAGCCGUGGUGAUCACACAACUGGGGAGUGUUUCCUUCAAGUGUACGGGCCAGGAGCUUCCAUUCUUCGUUCCCUGGGAGGGCAUCCAGGCAAGUGCCUCGGGCACAGGCAUCCUCGUAAGCAUUGCAGUCCUGCUUAGGGCCAAGUUUACGGUCGUGAGGCAGUGCGACUUGAACAUUGGAGCUGGGGUAGUUGUCGACCGAACCGAUGUGCCGUUCACAGGUUUGCAGCAGGGCGUGUACAGCUUCAAGCUAGGUGAUACCCUGCAGCCACAGCUUGUGCAGUUCGAGCCCUUGAAUGGCAAGUCUGACGUGACCCCAGGUGCAGCUGUGACGUUCACUUUCGACGAGGAGCUGGUGCUGAUGUCAGGCAGCAAGACCAUCACUGUCUACGAGCUUGCACAGAGCGAUGGCCCGGUUCGGGCCGGCGCCAUCGCGGAGUUUCAGAUGUCCUCCCCGAACGUGGCCAUGUCGCUGCAAGCAAUAAAGAUCGAGCUCGCAGACUUGACCAAACCAGGCGGUUAA